AUGCAGAGGAUGGGUGCAGAGGACAGGCCGUGCUGGGGGCAGAAACCACAGGGCAGAAAGGGGUAUAAAGGUGGCAGGCCACAGGCAAUAUCCCCACCGGGGGCAGUGGCACUACUGCUGCUGGGCCUGGGGCUGAGCCUUGUCUCCACACAGGAGCUCAACCCCCGAGCCAUCGUGCGGAGGAACUAUGACAUGGCCAGGGUCUCAGGGCUCUGGUAUUCGGUGUGCAUGGCCUCGGACGACAUGAAGCGGAUUGAGGAAAACGGGGACCUGAGGGUCUUCAUACGGAAAAUUCAAAGCUUGAAAGACAGCGGACUGAGGCUCUGUUUCCAGUUCAUGGUGCACGGGGAGUGCGUGCGCGCCGUGGUCUGCGAGAAGACGGAGAAGGACGGGGCGUACACGGUCAGCUAUGAGGGUGACAACAGGGUACUCCUGUCAGAGACUGACUGUGAGCUGUGUGUCACCUUCCACCUCCGGAACAUCAGGAACAGGACAGAGACCAACGUGCUGGCACUCUACAGUCUCGCCCCCGACUCUGCCUGUCGGCUAGGAGAGACUGGCCGGCCCCUGGGGGACCCCAUCCUCCGCAGACACGGCGCCCCCUUCAGCGUCAGCACUGCCCGCGUCCCCCGAGACCUCCUCUGUGCACCCACGUCCCGAGCAAGCAGUGAGGGACCCCCACCCCCGCUGCUCUGUCCUCAGGACAGGUGCCGGACCCGAGCCCCAGCUUCAUGA